AUGACUUCCACUCGCCAUAUAUACGACUCCAAGGCUGAAUCCAGCUCCAAGUACGAAGAGGGGGAUGCGACAGGGAAUGGUGUUUCCAAGACUUCCCGUCGCGUGCGCAGGUUGUACCAGAUUCACGUUGGGCAGCUGUUCGACUCAGUGGGACGCGUCUUGGUGAAGGAUCAAGUCGUGACUGUUGAUAGAGACAGGGGCAUCAUCAUAGACGUCUCUGACGAGCAGUUGAAGGACUGGGAAUGGGUUGUUGGGAAGGAGGAGGUCAACGUUUCAGUGGAGCGGAUCGACUUGGAGGGCUUGGUGUUGCUCCCAGGGUUCGUGGAUGUCCAUGUUCAUCUCUUUCUUCAUCCAUAUUCGGAGACUUCAUGGGAUGACCAGGUCACCAAAGAGAGUCUCUCUGAGCGCACUGUGCGUGCGACUGUUCACGCUCGAAGGACGCUUCUGGCUGGAUACACCACAGUUCGGGAUCUCGGCACUGAAGGCGCUCUUGAUGCAGAUAUUGGGCUACGGAAAUGUUUGGCUGGGCAGCACCCCAUGAUACCUGGACCGCGAUACUACUGCGCAACGCGAGCCAUUGUCACUACAGGGUCGUAUGGCCCUAAGAACACCUUGACACCUUCUCAACAAGGUGUAGACGGCAUGCGAGGAGCAGAACCUGCGGACGGUGUUGCCCAAUGCAUACAAGAAGUGCGCAAACAAAUAGGCGCUGGUGCUGAUUGGAUCAAGAUAUACGCUGAUUACCGGCCCAGAAGUCUCACUGCACCGGUCUCCUUUUCAACCGCGACGCGUUCCAUUGCGACGUUCCACGAGGAUGAAAUGAAAGCCAUGAUUAACACGGCGCAUGCAUUGGGAGUCAAGGUCGCCGCCCACGCGAGUACUUUCGGUGCAAUCAAAAAUGCAGUUGCCCUAGGUGUCAAUAGUAUUGAGCAUGGUGGUCAAAUCUGCCUGGGUGAAGAAGAGGACGAAGAGGAACUGGAGAAUGGCACUGGCGUAACCGAGCUUCUCGAAGAGCUCGUAAAACCAGGAGGAAAUACGUUCUUCGUCCCAACGGUUGCCGUGUACUACACCAUCCAGCAAAGCGGGACUGUGUAUGGCAACCAGCAAUGGGAAAUGGCGAAAAGAACCUUUGAGGCGGCCCUCAGUGUUGACUCGUCACAAUUUGACACAUCCAACGCCACUUAUUUGGAUGGCGAAAAACCCGAUUUGAACAUCGCAUGUGGUGGAGACACAGCUGUGUUUCCUCAUGGCCAAAAUGCACUAGAAAUGUCACUGAUGCGUAAAUUGGGGGCAAGUUGGGAGAGGGUUCUUGGAUGGGGGACGUACAGUGGCUGGAAAUGCGUUCGCGGAAUGGAGUGGGAGGGUGUCAAAGGAAAGAAGAAACUUGAGCGCCUUCAAGCUCGAGAAAAGAAUAGGAAAUUCAAUCUGAGUGGUGGCGACGAGAAAGGUGGAGGUAAAGAAGACUUAGAUUUGGAUCGUGGAGUGCCAUUUGGCGCUAUUCGAGUCGGCUGGGCUGCAGAUCUCAUUGGAAUACAGGGGAAACUCGAUGGAACACCUGAAGAUUUUGAGGAAGCUGUCAUGCGAGGCGUUCAAUUUGUGAUGAAAGGGGGCGUUAUAUACAAGAAAGAUGGGAAGGAGGUUCUUCAAAUCUGA